GGGUGAGGGGAGGAACGAAUGGGCAGUGCCAGUAUCUUUCUCGUCUUGGUGUCCUCGGGUGACCUUGACCGGAACCUUGCAGCUCCCACGUAGAACAUGAAGCUGCCGUUCCCUGCAGAGGUUUCCGGUGGCUGACGACACCUCGAAGGACGGGGACAGAUGGCUCGGGGACAGUGGUGAGCGUGAGACACAGCUGCCCUGGCCAGCACGGCAUGAAAGAGGAGGAGCAGCGUGCGUGUGGCACAGAUGCGUCACCGGCAGCUCCAGUGUCGGAGCCCCAGGCUGCGCACAGCCCCCUGGAGAAGCCGCCCAGCACGGCCAUCCUGUGCAGCGCGUGUGGAAGCCUGUGCAAGGGGGAGGUGCUGCGGGUGCAGGACAAGUAUUUCCACAUCAAGUGCUUCGUCUGCAAAGCGUGUGGCUGUGACCUGGCGGAGGGCGGCUUCUUCGUGCGGCAGGGCGAGUACAUCUGCACCCAGGACUUCCAGCGGCUCUACGGCACGCGCUGCUGCGGCUGCGAGCGGCUCAUCCAGGGCGAGGUGGUGUCGGCGCUGCCCUUCCCACCCGGGGACCGAGUGACCUUCAACGGGAAGGAAUGCGUGUGUCAGAAGUGCUCCCUGCCUACACCAGUGGGCAGCGGUGCCCACAUACACCAGGGCCUGCGGAGCUGUGGGGGCUGCGGCCUGGAAAUCAAGAAUGGGCAGGCGCUGGUGGCACUGGACAAGCACUGGCAUGUGGGCUGCUUCAAGUGCAAGACCUGCGGGAAGCAGCUGAAUGCCGAGUACAUCAGCAAGUACACCCAUCGUGGGGUGCACUGGGGCCCGCAGCAGGCAGCACAGAAGACGGGUCCCCUCUCGAAGGAAGGGCAGUGUUCCCCCCUGCUCCCUGGGAUUGGAGCGGGGGACGGUCUUGUGGCCGGCAGCCGUCCCAUGUGUGGCCCUCGAAUGACCCGCCGUCCUGCCCCAUCUCGUUGCAGGGAGGGGCUGCCCUACUGCGAGACGGACUACCACACGGAGUUCGGGAUCCGCUGCAGCAGCUGCGAGGGGUUCAUCACAGGGCGCGUACUGGAGGCUCACCGAGGCCAGGCCUCCUCUGGGCCGUUCCACAUGUGCUGCCAAGCCCAGCUGCCUCCCUCCCAGCUCUGCAGGGUAGGGCAGGGGCCUCCCCUGGAGCCCUCUGGGCGCAGGAUGGGCCCCGAGUUGGAGUCGGCCGUGGGCGGGGCCGGAGCUGGGUUGGUCCUGCCUUUCCGGCCUGGCUUGGGACAGCCGCCGUGUCCUGGGCCCUGCAGCCCCUCAACCACGGAUCGACUCUGUCUCUGGGGUCUGCUUCCCUCUCCACGGGUCAGGUGCUGGGGUCGUGAUGGCCGAGGCCAGCGCCUCACUCCGAGCUGCCAGGACUCACUGCCCACUGUCGGCGGUGGACGUGGAGGCGAUUUCCGCCUUUCCACUAUGACGAGUGACCUGCAGUGA